CUACCUCACUAUGUCUCUUUCUGUCUCUCUUCUCUCUAGGCCUCAUCCUUCUGUAAUACACAUCUUUCACAUCCUCUCAGCAGAGAGGAAGUACAGAUGGGUGGAGAGGAGAGGUGGGGUGGGGGGUUGGACAGCCUACAAGCCACUAGAGUUUAGUAAUCGACACGUUGAGAUGGAACGCCACUGUGUUCUACUCUUGCUGUUGAGUACACUGGUAUACUGUAGCCUCGGACAAGGUGGAGAUCUCUCUCUUCCAGCAUCUCUGAUUGUCAGUCCUGACAGAUCUCAGUUCUUUGAAUAUGAGUCUGUCUCUCUGAGCUGUGAGGUUCAGGGGAACUCUACUGGAUGGAGAGUGGUGAGGAACACAUCGAGAGUAAUCCUUUCAGAGUGUAAUACUGACUGGGGAAAACAACAAGGGUCUUCAUGCAUUGUAUCACUAAUAACAUCAGACAGUGGAGUGUACUGGUGUGAGUCUGGGUCUGGAGAACACAGCAAUGCUGUCAACAUCACAGUACCUGAUCUCUCUGUUCCAGCCUCUCUGAGUGUCAGUCCUGACAGAUCUCAGUUCUUUGAAUAUGAGUCUGUCUCUCUGAGCUGUGAGGUUCAGGGGAACUCUACUGGAUGGAGAGUGGUGAGGAACACAUCGAGAGGAAUCCUUUCAGAGUGUAAUACUGACUGGGGGAAACAACAAGGGUCUUCAUGCAUCACGUCACUAAUAACAUCAGACAGUGGAGUGUACUGGUGUGAGUCUGGGUCUGGAGAACACAGCAAUGCUGUCAACAUCACAGUACAUGAUGGAGCUGUGAUCCUGGAGAGCCCUGCCCUUCCUGUGACUGGGGGAGAUUCUGUGACUCUGCGCUGCAGAUAUCAGGGAACUCCCUCUGACCUCACAGCUGAUUUCUACAAAGAUGGAUCCCUCAUCAGGACUGAGACUACAGGAGAGAUGACCAUCCCUGCAGUAUCCAAGUCAGAUGAAGGACUCUACAAGUGUACCAACUCUGAAGGAGAAUCACCAGAGAGCUGGAUUACUGUGACAGAUAAUAGUCCCUCAUCCUCCUUCACUCCAUCCUCCUCUCCCCCCGUCUCUCCUCCCUCCUCUCUCCUCCCCUCCUCUCUCAUCCUCCCUCUGUCUGUCUCUGGGUUGGUGGCUGCUCUCGCCAUCUCUCUGAUCAUUCUACUGGUCCUGUUCUGCAAGAAGAGGAACAAACAUGUAGCAGCUGAACCCAGAGAUGUUACCUAUGCUGACGUCAGAAUCACACAGGACCCAGAACCCAGGAGAAGGAGAGAGAAGUCUCCAGGAGCUGAUCCAGUCUACUCUGCAGUGAAGACCUCCAACACCACAGUUCCAGGUGGAUCUGGUCCAGGUGAUGUGACCUAUGCUGACAUCAACCACACAGAGAAGAGACAACACAACAGGAGGAGAGAGAACGUCGUUCCAGACCCUGUCUACUCAGCAGUGAAGACAGAGAGACAGAGAUACAGGUAUCUGGACCCAGGGACGUAA